UAAACAUGUAUUCUUACAACAACCAUAACACAAAACCACAAAUCAAACCACUAGUCAAACAAUUUGGUUCCAAAAAUAGCCCACAACCAAAACCCUAGUUACCAUCACAACCCACAAAAUGGCCAAGACUCAAAGCACAUCCUCAUCAUCAUCAUCAUCAAGCUCUAUGGUCCAAAACAUCAAAGACAAGACCUUCUCAAGUAUUGGAAGCCUCAUCAAGCUCCUCCCAACAGGCACAGUCUUCCUCUUCCAAUUCCUCAACCCUGUCUUCACCAACAAUGGCACCUGCCACGUCAUCCACAAGUACCUCACCGCCGCCCUCAUCGGUGUUUGUGGUAUCUCUUGCUGCAUUUCUACCUUCACUGAUAGUUAUAAGGGCAGUGAUGGGAAUACCCACUACGGCAUUGCCACCGUGAAGGGCCUCUGGCCCUCCACGGCGACCUCUGGGGUGGACUUAUCGGUGUAUAAGCUUCGGUUCGGGGACUUUGUUCAUGCCUUUUUUGCCUUGAUUGUGUUUGCUGUGGUGUCUCUUUUGAAUGCAAACACUGUGGAUUGUUUCUAUCCAUCGUUCGAGUCGUCAGAGAAGGUUUUGCUCAUGGUGCUGCCGCCGGUUAUUGGGUCAGUUUCUGGCUUUGUGUCUACGGUGUUCCCUUACACACGCCAUGGCAUUGGAUAUCCUUCAAGCAGCUCUUAGUUCUCUCUAUUUCUCUCUAUCUACAGUUUGUAUGAGGCCGACUAAUCAGUCAGAACUAAACAGGUGUUGAGGGAGUUCAGAUGCUCUCCUGGUCUCUCUCCUUACUAUCCUAUUUGUAACGGUAGAAAUGCACUUUUAGAUGAUUCAGCCGUUCAGAUUUGACUAUUUCAAAAAAAAAAAAAAUUUAAAACAAAUUGAAAUAGUCAGAUUUGGACUGUUGAAUCAUCUUGGAGUGCAUCUCUACUACCAGUGCAAGUAGGGAGGUAAGGAGAGAGACCAAAGAGAAUCUCAACUUGUGUUGAGGGCUAAUUGGUCAGUUUGUGCCUAUCUAAUCUACCAAUUACUCCUUAACGCGUGUUAAGAUUACUGCUUGAUUAGUAGGUCUAUUUAGUAAUUUUAUUUUUUAUUUUUUAUUUUUAAUAUAUAACAAGUUUGUUAUUAUGGAUAAAUAUAUCAAAUUGUGAUGUGUGUUGCUUUUCCUUUC